AUGGCGUCCCUCUUCAAUCUGAAGGCCGAUCUCGAGGCAGCUCUUCCGAACAUUACACAACCGCAGCCUGAUGUCCCUACCCCAAAGAACAGGGAAACCAAGAAACCCGGGCAUCGGAGGUCUCAGACCACUAGGGAACGCAAGAAGCCCAAGACAUACGGCGGAAUCCAAAAGGCCCAGGCGAAGAAGCAAGACAAGCAGCAUCGAAGAUACAACCAACCGUCCACGAGAGUCAUGUCUAAAAGCACCUUCAUUGAGACCCUUGAGCUAGCCUUGCCGGAGGGCUUCACUCACCCUGACGACAACACUAUCGCAAACAUCCUAACAGAUACGGUAGUCAGCAACAUCAGCAGCACGCUGCGUCUCCACGGACAGGCCCGCAUCGACAUCCCUCGCAUCCACGCCUUCGCGCAUGCCCUCUUUGCCGCCAUCGACUACCAGACACGAGUCUUCGGCAUCAUCGACUAUCAUGAAGAAGACCUUCAAAGCAAGUACUUUUCCGAGGUUGCGCAGACCAUCCGCCGGGACGGGGUCACCGGCGGCGCCUUGGAAACCUUCUCGAUGGCCCCUCUCUCGGAUGAAGCGUGUGAUAGGCUGCAUCAGUACUUCGUCGCUUCUCGGCAACUGUACCUGCAAGCCGAUGGACCGGCGGAUGCUGGGCUUUUGGGGUCUACCACCAAGACUAGAUUUCUGAUCAAGUUGGUGGACCGCUAUAUGUCGCUUACGGUAUGUUGUGAUUAG